UGCGUGGCAGGCAACUCAGAUUACACCCAACGAUUCGGUGUUUGUUUUGGUUUUUACAAAUCUAUUCGUUUAUUAGAGCGAAUUUGAAUUAUCAUUUAAUGUUCCGACAACGUGAUCAUUGAAUAACGCGAUUAUUAAUUGCCCAGACAUGUGCGGACAUAACCUCAAUGAGUUAAAAUGGAAAGAUUGGUAAAGAUUUGGCGUGUCGGUAAAAUUGAUUAUGGAAGAGCUUUGCGGCUACAAAAAUAUUUGGCGAAAUUGCACAAUGGGGACACGCGUAUGAACAACACAUUAUUGUGUGUCGAACAUCCACCUGUCUACACGACCGGAAUUAGAACAAAACAAUAUACGGAGGAAGAGGAGAAUAAAUUGAGAGGGACAGGCGCUGAGUUUUUCAGAACUGACAGGGGUGGACUGAUAACGUUCCACGGCCCAGGCCAACUGAUCGCUUACCCCAUCCUAAACUUGAAACAUUUCAAGCCCAGCAUACGUUGGUAUGUGUGCCACAUUGAAAAGUCCAUAAUAGGUGUUUGCAAAAAAUUCGGCUUGAAAGGGGAAACGUCGCCAAACACUGGAGUAUGGAUUGGUGAUAAUAAGGUUUGUGCUAUAGGUGUACAUGGUAGUAGAUUCGUUACUACUCACGGUUUGGCUUUAAAUUGUACCACGGAUUUGGAAUGGUUUGAACACAUUGUACCAUGUGGGAUUGAAGGGAAAGGUGUUACUAGUCUUUCAAAGGAACUUAACAGAUCUGUAGAGGUGGAUGAUGUGAUACCUACCUUUUUAGAUUGUUUUGCUGAAACGUUUAACGCGGAGUUAAUGGAUUUUCCUCAGAGUGAAGCUGAUGAGAUAUUAAAUAAAAUUGACCUAGAAACUCAGUCUUCCAAAACUCAUAAUAUUAUGUAAUUAUGCUAUUUAUUUAUAUUUAUUAUUAAAUUAUUAAUUCUA